AUGAGGGACAUCGCACAGUACGAUGUGCUGGUCGUGGGAGCUGGCUUCAGUGGAAUUUCCGCCUUAUACCGACUCCGCAAGCUUGGUCUCACAGUCAAAGUCUUCGAAUCCGGGGGGGAUUUUGGCGGUGUCUGGCAUUGGAACAGAUAUCCCGGUGCUCGCGUCGAUUCCGAGUGGCCAUACUACCAGCUGAACAUACCUGAAGCAUACAGGGAUUGGGACUUUUCGGAAAGAUUUCCCGACCACAAUGAGAUCCGAGCUUAUUUCGCCCACCUCGACAAAGUACUCGGCCUGAGGAAGGACGUUCGUUUCAACUCGCAUGUCACGUCGGCCCAAUGGUCUUCGGACGGUUGGACCGUGGAGACCAGGGACGGACAGGUGGCCAAGGCCAAGUACAUGAUCUUAUGUACCGGUUCACUCCACCGUCGAUACGUACCAGGUUUCCCGGGGCUCGACACCUUCAAGGGCGUGGUGCACCACACCGGGGCUUGGCCGCGCGAUGUCAGCGUUCAAGGCAAGAGAGUAGGCAUCAUUGGGGCCGGUGCCACAGGCGUUCAGGUCACUCAAGAGCUCGGCAAGCAAGCCAGUGAGCUGACCGUGUUCAUGAGAAGACCGAGUUAUUGUCUCCCAAUGGCACAACACAAGCUUAGUGGCGCCGAGCAGAAAGGCUGGAAGAGUUACUUUGACACGCUCUUCCGGCAAGGCAGGAAAAGCCCGGCCGGCUUUCCUGUCCUGGGGAUGCCUAUGGGUGUCCUCGACGCCGCGCCUACAGAACGAGAAGAGUGGUUCGAGAACAUCUGGCAACGGGGCGCCUUCAACUACCUUGCACUCAAUUACAACGAUGUCGUGCUGAGCAAGGAGGCCAACAGGCUCGUCUAUGACUUUUGGGCCCGCAAGGUCGGCGCACGCAUCAAGGACGACAGCAAGAGGAAGCUGAUGGCCCCUCAAGAGCCCCCGUUCUUCUUCGGCACCAAGCGAAGUCCACUUGAGCAAGACUACUACGAGGUGAUUGAUCAGCCCAACGUUCAUGUCGUGAACUUGAAUGAUGAACCCUUGAGGUGUUUCAACGCGACCGGCAUCGUGGUGGGAGACAAACAGAUUGAUCUCGAUAUAGUGGUGCUGGCAACCGGCUUCGACUCCUUUUCCGGCUCGUUGACGCAGAUGGGACUGAAGAACCGCCAUGGCCAAGAUAUAGCCGAAAUCUGGAAGUCGGGCAUUCGCACUUAUCUUGGGAUGACCAUGCAUGGAUUUCCCAACGCUUUCAUGGUGUACUCUCCUCACGCGCCGACUGCUCUUUCCAACGGCCCAACUCUGAUCGAACUCCAGUGCGACUGGGUCGUCUCGGCCAUCGAAAAACUCGAGAAAGAAGGGGCCACAAGGAUUGAGGCAAAGAGUGCUGCCGAGGACGACUGGAUCGCUAUGAUUGAUACCAUGAAUGAGCGUACACUGUUCCCCUUGACAGACAGCUGGUGGAACAAGGCGACCAUUCCGGGGCAGAAAGCCCAGGUUUUGACCUACCCGGAAGGCAUAGAGACGUAUGAAGCCCAGGUCAGAGAAAAAUUGGAGGAAUGGCAAGGGUUUGAGGUCACGCAUUGA